GUCCUUUUCGUGGAUACCUAUAUCCGGAUGUUUUUCUAAUGGCUAAAAUGGUCAAUUAAAAACUUCCUUUAGCACGUGCGUGUAUCUUUAUAUUGCUUAAUUACUUCUAAGAUUUCGACCAAUGGACAAGCAGAAUUAUAUAUUGGGGGUCAACACUCGAAAUGCACCACCUCGCCUAAAACUUUUUCCAGUUUGCACAAGAAAGACGACGGAACAGUACCUGGUUCCUACAGAACAAGUUACAAAUAUGGAGAGAACGGAAAAGUCAAGAAAGACAUCAAGGCCAGUUAGUGAAUUGAUAACAAUCUUUGAUUUUCAGGAGAAAGAUCGUCAAACGGAACAAAGAAAAAGCGGGCCAUCAAAGGGAAAAGUUUCGUUGAAGCUUGAAAAAAAUAUCUUACCGGCAACUCAGUCAAAACAGGCAAGGGAAAGCGAGGAGAAAACUCAAAAGAAAAGCGGUGGUGACACACAGGCAGAUGAAAUGAUCACUAUAACUUUAAGACCCCAAAAAUCAGAAAAAGAAGUCGAUGCUUCGUCCGAAAGAGCCUCACAGGAUAACAAAGUCCGCAAAUCAAAGAUAAAAACAGAAGAGUUGAAGGUUCCUAAGGCAUUAGAACGAGAGGUCGAGCAUGCAAAGACAAGCAAAAAAGACGAAGGCAAAGAAGAAUGUGGGACCAUCGACGAUUGUGUUGAACGCAAAAAGCUUCCAAUUGACUGUUCAUUAGCAGAGCUACGUCGAGAAAUGCAUUCCUUACGCAAGCAAGACUUGGAGCUGAUGAGCCAGCUGCUAGCCCUCAACUCCAGCAUACAGAACUUCAAGCUCGAGAAGUCCACUUCGCUCUCCGACCUCUCCGACGUGUCAGAAGCCGACACCAUAGCAACCACGAACACCGACACGACCAUGCAACCAUACGACGACCGAGCAACAAAAUGGAGCCUGGGUUCUGACGGAAGCGAAUAUGACGAAAGCAACAGCAGCGUGAGAACGAGGCCUGAAGGGAAGCAGCAAGCGUGGCAGAAUCGAGAGAGCCUGGGAUCGGAGGUGAGCGGGUAUUACAGCUACAGCGCAUCUCCAUACGGCAGCGACUCCUCGCUGAAUGGCGUCGACAGCUGUAUCGAAGAUACCGAGAACGAUAACUCACUUCCGUCCAACUAUCAAUUCUACGCCGGAAAUGACGUCAAUCCGCAGCUGUAUGUUCCAGAUCCAAUCAACAUGCAUACCGGAAAUAAACACUCGCUUCCUGUGUACAGCGGAAGUAAUUGUGCUCUCCCGUCAAAUUACCAUUAUGGCAGUGAUCACAUGAGGUACGGCGUCGAAAGCCCGAGGUCUUUGUCUCCAGAUAUCAACCAUUCUCGUCAACGCUCAUGGUCUCGAAGAGAACCCCUCCAGAGCAAUGAAAAAACCGGAAGUGACCCCUCACUUUGCACGAGGUACAGGCAAGAUAUACUUCCUGUUCACAAUAACAGCCAAUCAUAUCACGUCCACGACGAAGCCAGGAACAAGAGGAGGAUGUACGUCAACAAGAGUCGUCGACAUAGCGCUAUGACUAUCACUUCCGGUGGGUACCAGUCCUCUAGCAGUCUGUCGUGUAGCGGAAGUGAUUAUUCCUUGUACGGAAAUGACGCGAGUAGUGACGAAAACGGCCGAGCGACUCCGCCACUUCCGCCGCAGAGAAUGCAGAAAUGGCAGCGCUCGAAAAGUACCACCAAUCUUGCUUCCCCUACCAUCCAGAGGACCAUUCGAGUGGACCUGCGGAAAAACGUCCCCGCCAUCGAGCUGGUCCUUCCCAUUCAGCCCGUCAGAAGAGCGUCCAAUGUGCGCAUGGCAGAGACGCGACCGCUGGACAGGAUGAACGGUAUGAGUACGAUGAGCAAAAGGCAGAGCAUGAUUUGGUGAAUAGGUGAUCGUAGGCUCAGAACAAGAGAAGAGCUGCUAGAUAGGGCAGGUUAGUCGAGAUGGAAAAAAAAGAUUGCACAUAAUUAUAAAAGACAAGUUCUGUUAUGCAAAUACAUCUCAAUUAACUUACCAAUAUCCUUAGAAAAAAUAAUUAGAACAUUUGGAGUGUAGCCAGCUUAAGCGAGACCAUACCCUUUAACCCGCCAUUACCCUACACAUAAAAGUUAAGUUCUAAAGGGAUAUUAAACAAUUCCGCAGCUUGGUCGUGUAUGAUAUUUUAAGAUGAGAGGAAUGAAUGACGAGGAAACCCUUAAAGGAAUCAUGCGGGUUUAUUCAAGCUGGCUUUCGCUUCACGGCCCUUCAGCCAUUAGAAUGAGGAUUUGUUGGCUUAGUUAAAGUGUCUUUCCCAGCAAAAUACUAAGUAUUACAGCAUUAAUUAAUUUCAUCGUAUGAUUGGGGGCAGUAAUUUCGAAAUUUCCGACUGAGGUUGGCUGAUAACGUAUAAAACUUAAUUUUCCCGAAAAUUUGUCCUCCAAUUUUUUAUGAAAACCGAUGAAGACAAAUACAAAUAUGCGGCUGACAAGGUUAUUUAAAGAGCCAAUAAAAACGACCACAAGACAAUGGUCUUGCUCUAUAGAUGAAUCAAAUAUACAUAUAUAAAAAUAUUACUGACGAAGAGCUUGGAAAUAAGGUUGAAUAUGAGGUUUAUGCAAACCCUGUUUAAAGUCAAUGUGGCUAAAACCUUAUACACCCGGACGGAGACUAACACAUAUAGACAAGGACUCCCUAGUCUGCAUUUUACUAAAAAUAUCGAGAAUACACUACUUUUAGCAUAUGCUGUGAUGUGAAAUUUACCAAAAUAUCCAUUAUAAUCAGUUUGAUUAGAUUACUUGUGUACUACUCCAUUUGAUUAUGGUGAAUUAAAUUGAUUUUAUGAUUA